CUUACGGUCCCAAUCUGAGGACAGUCGAGCGCCCAUUGCCAGUUCGCGAUCGGUAAAGUCGUGGUUUGGGUACCGCAGUACGACUCGGAGCAUGUCGCCGACACUGGAGUUCACUCUGGAAGGGUUUAGUCCGAUUGGCACCGGGAUUUAUCUCCGGGAUAUCCGUGAGCAAUGCCAGGAUACUGCAUCACCAAACGUCAUUUUGAUAUUCGGAUGGAUCUUAUCUGACAAGUUGUGUCCACAGUGGGAGCAACAACUUAGGCAUUUGCAGAAUUAUACCCAUGUAUACACCAAAUUAUAUCCAAACGCGUCUCAAAUCGUUGUUCGAUGCAAUCCCGACGUCUUCUGGACUACCACUAGGACUUCGCAACGGCGCCUCGUACCUGUUAUUGAUGCCUUAGAAGCACUGCAUUGCUUGCCAUCUUCCUCUCCUACCCAACGGCCUCCCCGCAUACUCACUCACGCAUUUUCCAAUGGAGGUUCCCUGCAGAUGACACUUCUUGGACAUAUGCUGCAGCGGAAAUAUGGUUCUGCAUCAGUUCAAGGGUUAUUCACCAGCGCAUUGAUCCUUGACUCAUGUCCAGCAGUGGGUAACCUGAAAACAAUCAAACUCGCUUUCACCGCUGUCGUCCGGAACCCAAUUCUCAGAUUUAUCGUGCUCACCGCUAUGUACACGCUGCACUUUAUCGGCCUCGGCUUCUCUCUGCUGUUCGGUAAACGAGUGAUGUUGAUGGAAAACCUCCGGAUCGAAAUGUGGAAUUCCCGCAUCCUACCAUGGAUGGGCCUCCACACACCCCGCCUCUACCUUUUCUCGCGCAAGGAUAAAUUGAUUCCGUGGCAAGAUGUCACGAAACAUGCUGAGACUGCGAAGGAGCGCGGAAUGGAUGUACAUUGCGAGCUGUUUGAAGAGAGCGACCAUGUAGCACACAUCCGGAUCGAGCCAGAAAGGUAUUGGUCUUCGGUACAGAGCGUUUGGGCGGUCGCAAUCUCCAAGGAAAAGGACAAGGAUUAG